CAUGAAAUAAAAAGAAGCAUCUUAGAGAAAGAGAAAAGAGCGAGAGAGAUUGAAAGCUUUAGGGUUUAAAAAACUGACUCUUUAGAAAGUCUUUCUACGUGAAAAUCUUCUUCUCCAUAUCUUUAGAAAAUGGGCAUCAUGAUCAACUACCAUUUGCUCGCUAUCGUCUUCGGCAUCUUAGGAAACGCAAUAUCCUUCCUCGUAUUCCUCGCUCCAGUGCCUACGUUUUAUAGAAUAUACAAGAAAAAGUCGACAGAAAGUUUCCAGUCUCUACCGUAUCAAGUGUCGCUAUUUAGCUGCAUGCUAUGGCUCAGUUACGCAUUGAUUAAGCAAGACGCUUUUCUCCUAAUUACCAUCAACUCCUUCGGAUGCGUCGUGGAGACUAUCUACAUCGCCAUGUUCUUCACUUACGCUACCAGGGAGAAAAGGAUCGCGGCUAUGAAGUUGUUCUUAACGAUAAAUGUUGCGUUCUUCUCGUUGAUUAUAACGGUUACACAUUUCGCCAUUAAAAGUCUUAGCCUCCAAGUCUCCGUCCUCGGCUGGAUAUGCGUUGCCAUUUCAGUAUCUGUUUUCGCUGCCCCUCUAAUGAUCGUGGCGCGUGUUAUAAAGACAAAGAGUGUGGAAUUCAUGCCUUUCACGCUUUCUUUCUUCCUCACCAUAAGCGCGGUUAUGUGGUUUGCUUAUGGCUUGUUCCUUCAUGACAUAUGCAUAGCUAUUCCAAACGUGGUGGGAUUCAUACUAGGGAUGGUACAAAUGAUUUUAUACGGAGUUUACAGAAAUUCAGGGGAGAAAUUAGAUAUUGAGAAAAAAAUGAAUCCAUCAGAACAACAACUUAAAACUAUUGUCCUGAUGAGUCCGUUGGGUGUGUCAGAAGUGCACCCCAUUGACGUCAAAGUGACUGAGCCGGUGGUCCCCUUCUCUGAUGUAGUUCAACAUGAAGAUCCAUCCAAAGUUACUAACGAGGUGACAGGAAUCCAUGACGUAAAGUGCCUCGUAGAGAUUGUCCAUCGUGAAACUGUCUGAAGUGUCAAAUGUAUUGCAACAAGAAACGAAAUAUAUAUCUCUCCCUCACCCUUUCUCUUUCUCUUGGGCCUUGGCUCGUCGGCUGGCCGAAAGAAGAAAUUGUAUCAAUUGGUGGUUUGGUUCCAUUUUUGUUUCCUAUGUUAUUUAGUAUCAUUGAUGUAUUUGCAUUAAGUUCUAUGCUAUAAAAUUUAUCUUUUUAAAGUGAA